AUGCGCUGUCGCGCACGCGCUCUUCGUCGCCGCUGGCCGAGGCCGGGUCCCCGGCACGCCGCGUUCUCGCGGGAGCAGAGGCGCGAGGCGAAGCUUCCACGCGUCCCGUGCUGCCUUCCCUCGCCAUGGAAGAAGACGAGGCCUCGGGUGUCCCUGCCUUUCCCGGCGCCGGGCCGUCAUGCUGCCUGUCGGGACCCGCCGCCUCCUCCCUCGUUUUUUCCUGCAAUACAGUGGAUACAGUUUGCCACGGCUACUCUCAGUGUUAUAGGUUCGAGUUCGCUUAUCACUUAUGCUGUGUUCCAGAACCCCCAGACGUCUGCAGAGAUAAAACCACUCUUUUAUCUGAGCUUUUCUGACCUGCUCCUGGGAAUUUGCUGGCUUAUAAAAGCACUUCUCUAUGGAACUUCAGCAGCCCACAAGGACAGCAUCUGCUAUAACCUACAGACAGUCGGGGAGAUACUGUACCUUGCCUCACUCCUCUACACCAUCAGUUACAUCUGGUAUCUGCACACGGAGCUGAGGAUGAAACACAGCCAGAGUGGACAGGGCACAGCUGCACAGGUGAUCAGUCAUACUCACCAAGGUGGUCACGUGGUGUUCAUUUUGUCAAGCCUGAUACCUCUGCUGUUGAUGACACCUGUAUUCUGUCUGGGCAAUGUCAAUGAAUGUUUCCACAACUUUAGCCAGAGCCACAGGUGCAUCCUAAUGUACUCACCACCGUCAGCCAUGAUUGAACCCCUGCCUUCCACCAACACAUCUGUCUGCAGCACACUCUAUUUUUAUGGUGUCACUGUUUUCCUGGCCAGCUUUUUCUUCAGCCUCCUCCUCAUCACGGUCCUACUCAUCCAUGCCCAGACAUUGUAUAAGAAGUUUGUGAAGUCGACAGGCGUUCUGGAGAGUGAUCAGUGGGCAGUGAUUUACACUGUGGGUCAACGAGUACGCUUCUUCCCAGUGGCCUUUGUGUGCUGCUGGGGCCCAGCUGUCACACUGCUGAUCAUAAAGCUGACCAAGCCACAGGACACCUCCCUGCACAUGGCCCUCUCUGUGCUCCAGGCUCUCACGGCGGCCUCCCAGGGUCUGCUCAACUGUGGCAUAUAUGGCUAUACACAGUGCAAGUUCCAGCAGCUAAAGCAUGAGCCUCGCCGUGACGCAGAUACUCAGACCCCACUGCUGUGCUCACAGAAGAGAAUCUAUAGCAGGAGCCUAAAUCCACUGGAGUCUUCUCUGGCUUUUGCUUCCAGCUCUUCCACCAUUCUUUGAAGCUGUGGAAGUGGAACAUCCAGGAAGUGAAUGUUUUUCGUGAGCGAACUCUGCAGGGCUGCAGGGAACACCCUCUGUCUCUUCUGGCCAUACCUCAGGCUGAAGAACUGAAAGGGAAUGGAACGCUGUGGUCAGCAGCGAUUCUGGGUGAAUUAGGAAGGAUCUGUCCAGGUGCUUGUUCAGGGAGAUAUAGCCGCUUUCUAUCUAAGAGACUCAUUACUUUGACAAAUACUAGACGUAUUUACAUCUCUUCAAGAAAAAAUAAAUAUCAGGUUCAGAUAUAUGUGUCAUUGGCAAGGCCUGCUCCGUGAAAGCAGGGGAGGUAGGACGCCAUGCAGCAGCUCGCUGGUGCGCAGGGGGAUGUCCUAAUGAGGUUGCAUGGGGGCCUGAGAACGCUCGCCCAGCCCAGUGCUCCGCAGAUACCUCGUUCACAGUGUUGAACAAAACAGUUUUUUUGUUUUUUGGUUUUUCGAGACAGGGUUUCUCUGUGUAGCUUUUGCGCCUUUCCUGGAACUCGCUUUGGAGACCAGGCUGGCCUUGAACUCACAGAGAUCCACCUGCCUCUGCCUCCCGGGUGCUGGGAUUA